UUUAAUACAGAUGCAUGGUACACGACAUGAUAGUAUCUCUCUGCUAUGCAUUGUUUUGUAAUAAUCAAACUAGGCAUGGCAACAGAAACCAUGGAGGAAGGACUACUAAGUAUUUCCAAUGUCGAUGGGGAAUCCUCCUCCUCCUCCUCCGCAGUCACUAGUGUUAUUGUUAUGAGCACUUUAGUGGCCCUCUGUGGUUCACUCACCACCGGCUGUGCUACAGGGUAUUCAUCAGCUGCUGAAUCUGGAAUUGUGGAAGACUUGGACCUUACUCUUGUCGCAUACUCAGUUUUUGGUUCAAUAAUGACAAUUGGAGGUGUCAUUAGUUCACUGAUGAAUGGCAGAGUAACUGAUCUCAUCGGUCGUAGAGCUACAAUGUGGUUGUCUGCAAUAUUCAGUACUGCAGGGUGGCUCACUAUAGCAUUUGCACAGAAUGCUUUGUGGCUGGAUAUUGGAAGACUCUCAAUCGGAUUUAGCGUCGGGAUAAUUUACUACGUGGUACCAGUGUACAUAGCAGAAAUAACGCCUGAGGAUCUCAGAGGAAGAUUCACUUCAGCUAAUCAGUUGAUGAUUAGCUGUGGCUUUUCCUUAUUCUAUUUCAUUGGAAAUACCAUAACCUGGCGCACCAUGGCGGCAAUCGGUGCUAUUCCAGGUCUACUACAAAUUCUAGGCAUAUUUUUCAUUCCAGAGUCUCCAAGAUGGCUGGCUAAAAUUGGUAGACAAAAGGACCUUGAAGCUGUUCUGGAACGCCUUAGAGGAAAGAACGCUGACAUAUUUCAAGAAGCAGAUGACAUCAUGGAGUAUACAAAAAUCUUUCAGCAGAAAUCAGAGACAUUGCUGGACUUGUUCCAGAAGAGAUAUGCUCACUCACUCAUUGUUGGAGUUGGGCUACUGUUACUGCAGCAAUUUGGGGGUGCAAAUGCCGUAGCUUAUUACGGAAGCUCUAUAUUUGAAGAUGCCGGUUUUUCAAGUAGCAUUGGGACUAUUUCACUGGCUAUUAUCGGGAUACCUGUUAUUGCAUUGAGUGUGCUCUUAACAGACAAAUUGGGAAGACGACCACUUCUACUGGUUUCUGCUGCUGGAAUGUGCUUGAGUUUGUUUCUUGUGGGCUUGGCUUUCUGCAUUCAGGACCUACACCAGUGGGAAGCGCUCACUCCCAUUCUUGUGUUUAUCGGCAUGUUGGGUUAUGGUGCAUCAUACUUGAUUGGCAUGGCAGGUUUACCCUGGGUUAUUAUGUCAGAGAUAUUCCCACUAAACAUUAAAGGUUCGGCUGGAAGCUUGUUAAGUUUGGUUUAUUGGUCUUGCUCCUGGAUAGUAACAUACACCUUCAAUUUUAUUAUGGAAUGGAGCUCAGAAGGAACAUUUUUAUUCUUCUCAGUGAUUAACGGUUUAGCAGUUCUGUUCGUAGCAAAGCUUGUGCCAGAAACCAAGGGGCGAACUCUAGAAGAAAUACAAGCAUCAAUCUCCCAUCAAAGAUGAUGACCUCUGUAUAUAUAGCAUUCCCUAAGUCAGAAUAAAAUGGUUCUGUAAUUAAAGAUUUUUGUUGAACUUGGCCAAAUUAAUUUCAGGACUUUCUUAGUAAGAGGCUAGGACAGAUAUAACAGAGAAGGAUUAGAAUCAAAAGAAAAAAAAAAUGAUCCCUCGAUGUUCAUUAUUGGCCACCAAUCCCACCAUGUAUGAUAGUUUAUGAAAAAAGUUGCAAAUUAAAGGAA